AUGCCCUCCAGGUCAUUUAUCGAAAGCCAACAGCAGCCCGACAGCUUGCACUCAGACUUCAAACCGAACGCCGCCGGCGUUGUCCAUUUCGACUUUGGCUUUGCUAGCGACAAGGUCCAUGGAAACCAGCCUGUGCACCGGGCCCCCUCCUCACACCCAUCGAAUGAUAGUUUCGACGAAGCCUACAGCAGCACCUCGAGCAAUACGUCAAACUCGUCGUCGGCCUGCGCUCCCCCGACACGCCUGAAUGGGGACGAUUCGGCGGGCAAUACCACAAUUCCCGCCGACAUGACGUCUGCCACAGCGAUGUUGAACGGGAAGCCUGGCGCCGGCGAGAAGCUCUCUCACGUCGAGACCACCGAAUCUUUCUUCAGGAAGCCAUUGGUAAACGGUGUUACUACGACGACCUUGGUUGACCGAACCAUCUCCUCUAAUCCAAAUCAACAACAGCAAGACGUGCCCCCACCGUCACAUUCACCUCCAGAGCCUCCACAACAAAGGAUCAGUAAUGGCACGAACCACGACGAUCAUAGAAUGCACGUGUCGUCUGCUCAUAGAGACAGUCAUCUGUUGAGAGCGUCAAUUGCCUCAACAAACGGCGAAUCAAUACCACCCACACCCGUUGAUAUGUACAUGAAGCCCAUGCACAGGGCCGAUGUCGUCACUCUGGAUACCUCUCCUGCCUCUGCUCCUUCUCACAACUUUUCUAACCCUACUAGUCCCACGCCCGCCACUCCGGAGCGCAACGGCGUACCUCAUCGCUUCUCCUCUCCUCCUCAUUAUAACUCUAAUGGAGGAACGCCGUCGUCCUCCUCGGCUGGCCUCGCACCACCAGGGACUGCUCUGAAACACCGUCACACCUUGGAAGUACCAAAAGUCGGUCCGUCUAGGGGUUCUCGGGAUGGCGCGGAUGCAGCUUAUACCAGUGGGCGCUUCUCACCCACCACUACGCCCACUGGCGGGCGUAGGGCUUCUCUGAGCUUGGUUCGCCGGAACACGAGGUCACUGCACUCCGACAUGCCCCGUGACGAAGUAAUACCGGACGAUGAUGCGCUUAGGUGGGCCGAGGCAUACCGUCAAAAGAGGGCGAGCAAGCGGAAGCGUCUGGAAGAAGACGACGACCGUGUUGUCAUUGGAAACAAGGUCGACGAAAAACACGCCAAUUGGGUUGCAGCUUACAACAUGCUUACGGGCAUUCGCGUCUCUGUUUCGCGGACGAACGCGAAGCUGGAUAGGGCCCUGACCGACGAAGACUUCCAGACCAAGCAAAAGUCCACGUUUGAUGUCGCCGGCAAUGAGCUCGUUCCAUCAGCAAAGUACGACUUCAAGUUCAAGGACUACGCGCCUUGGGUCUUCCGCCGCCUCCGUGCCGUCUUCGGUCUCGAUCCCGCAGAUUAUUUGAUGUCUCUGACUGGCAAAUAUAUCUUGUCCGAGCUCGGUUCUCCAGGCAAGAGCGGCAGCUUCUUCUAUUUUUCCCGAGACUACAAGUAUAUCAUCAAGACGAUUCACCACUCGGAACACAAGUUCCUUCGCAAGAUUCUCAAGGAUUACUACGAGCAUGCGACCGAAAAUCCGAACACGCUGCUCUCUCAGUUCUAUGGCCUCCAUCGUGUGAAAGUUGCAUAUGGUCGCAAGAUUCACUUUGUGGUCAUGAACAACCUCUUUCCACCUCACCGGGACAUACACCAAACGUAUGAUCUGAAGGGCUCCACCAUUGGCAGGGACUACAAGGAAGAAAAUCUAGGCCAGAAUCCACGUGCCACUUUGAAGGAUUUGAACUGGCUCAGGCGUAAGAAGCAUUUGGAGCUUGGAAUUCAGAAGAAGCAGCUAUUUUUGGAACAGUUGAGGAAAGAUGUCAAGUUGCUGCAGAAGCUGAAGAUCAUGGAUUACUCUUUGCUCAUUGGGAUUCAUGAUCUCAAUCGAGGAAAUGAGGAGAAUCUGCGACACAAGACCCUCCAAGUUUUCAACCCAGGCGGUAGCGCAGGCCCAGAUGACCCCGAUCCUUCCAAGUCAGUACUCUUGCGGACGCCAUCAAAGCUGGAGAACCAGCGGAAAGCACGGGAGCUGAGGCAAAUGAUCAAAUCUGAGAGGCCCAUACCAAUGGGCGAAGGCAGCAGUACUAUGCCAAAUGAGUUGGAACAAGGGGUAAGAUCAGACUCAGUAUUCUACAAGGACGAUGGGGGAUUCCAGGCCACCCACGAAGACAACAGCCCUGGCGAAGAGAUCUAUUAUCUGGGCGUCAUCGACUGCCUUACUCACUAUGGAUUCCUCAAGAAGAUCGAGCACUUCUGGAAGGGUUUGUCGCAUGAUAGGACUCAAAUCUCGCCAGUUCCGCCGGAAGAAUACGGAGACCGCUUUAUCAACUUCAUGUCUGGCAUAACGAUGUCACCCGAGGAGGCGGAACGGGAAGCUCAAGAACGGGACGCUCGUAUGCAAGCCGCGGCAGCCGUAGCGGAUGCUCAGGCAGCUGCGGCGAAGGAGGAUAAGGAGAAGGGCAAGGAACGUGGCUCGACCUGGAACAGCAAAUCCCGUUCGAAACCAAAUGCGAUCCCUCCGAUCCCAUCCCAUCAACCACCUCCUAUUCCUGGAGCGAAGUCCCCUGAGGUUGGAGAUGUAAUACGCAGGGCCGAGCAUGAGGCGUUCAAACACCCCGAACGAGAGCAUGAAGUGCCAGAUGUGGUGUUGCGCACAACAGCAACUGACGGGUCAAUGGAAUCGAACGGAUCGAAGAUGAACGGUUCUGCCUCGGCCGCAUCGGAACGUAGGGAACCUGCGCAAUCUGCAGCUGUACUACCGGUUGUGGAGGAAGCGGGAGAGGCCUCUUCAACGGGCGAGAGAAGCAGAAGCCGUGUUUCAAACCGCUCGGAUAUGUCGACACAUAGUGAGCGCAGGCCCGUUACGCCAGCUAAGGAUCGGGGGCGUUUGCAUGGAUUUGGAGUUUUGUCAGCGUUGAAGGGGAACCAGAAAGGUCUUCCACCACCGACGCCACCCAAAAGCAGCCAUCUGAAGCCCGAAAGUGCAGACAGUGGAUACGGCGUGGUCGGGGGUGGUGGCCACAAUAUAAAGACGGGUCGAGUGCGGUCCAAUUCCGACGCGCGUAGCACCAAGGGAUCCAUUAGCCGCGAGAGUCUCGAUAAAGCCCUCCCGCCGCUCCCGACAUAG